AUGGCGUCUGCAAAGAGAAAGCAAGAUGAGAAACAUCUGAAAAUACUUCGUGAAUUAGUAUCACAACCUGGUAAUAAAGAAUGUUUUGAUUGUCGACAACGAGGACCAACAUACGUCAAUAUGACUAUUGGUUCUUUUGUAUGUACUUCAUGUUCUGGUCUACUGCGAGGCUUAACACCACCACACAGAGUUAAAUCUAUUUCUAUGGCAACAUUCACCGCUGAAGAGAUUGAAUUUAUAAAUCAACGUGGAAAUGAACACUGUAAAAAAAUCUGGUUGGGGUUAGUCAAUUCGAAUACUCCGAUUACUAUUGACACUAAAGAUGAACAAAAAAUGAAAGAUCUGAUGUCUGCUAAGUAUGAACAUAAAAGAUAUUAUUUAGAUCCAUCGAUGGCCAGUGACAAUUGCAAUAAUCAAAAAGCACAAUCAGCAUCUUCUGAUAGAACAUUACGAUCAAAUCAAACUAAUGUACCUCGAGUGCCACAUGUUGGCGUGUUACCAACGUUAAGUACGCCUAAUCAAAAGAAAAAGACUACUUCCGAGCCUACUCCGACAUUUACUGCAGAUUUCGUAGCUGAUUUUAGUCAAGUACCUGAUCCUUUUGUUAAUUCUACACCAGCAUCGCAAUUUCCAGGGCCUAUUCAACCACAAGCUUCUUUUGCUAACUUUGAUAAUAAUCCUGCGUUUGAAUCUCCUAAAAAUUUAUCAAAUGCAUUCAAUUCAACUGGAAAAUUUUUAUCCAACUUUAAUGGCGUUAACUCACCACCUUCCGAAGACCGAUACGCUGCGUUGAAGGACUUGGAUUCAAUGAUGAAAAAAACUCAAUUGAGAGAAGACACGCAGGCUCCUAAUGUCGCAUCGACAUGGAUUGCAAGUAACACAAACAGAUUUAAUACUCCAAAUAGUACGGAUGUACUUGCAUCUAGUCAAAUGAUGACUCCGCUCUCCGAAAAAGCCUGGCAUCCAACUGUACCACUUUAUCAGGCAAAUCCUUUUAUGGUCGGUACCGGAGUUGGAAAUUCAACAAGAAGUUCGAACAAUCCCUUUUUAUGA